CUGGGGCGGGCUGGGGGCGCGGGUGGGCGCAGCGUAAGGUCCCCCGCGGCCUUGGCCACCCACACGUGUAUACAUCCCCGGGUGGGUAUAGGGGCGAGCAGGCCUGCCGAGGGCAACGGGCCCGACCCGGCCUGCCGUGGGCAACGGGUUUGCUGAGGGCAGCGGGCCUGACCCGGCCUAUUGAGGGCAGUGGGCCUGCUGAGGGCAACGGGCCUGACCCGGCCUGCCGAGGGUAGUGGGCCUGCCGAGGUCAGCGGGCCUGACCCGGCCUCUUGAGGGCAGCGGGCCUGACUCGAGGUCAACAGGCCUGACCUGGCCUGCCGAGGGCAGGGGGCCUGCCGGGGGCAAUGGGCCUGACCCAGCCUGCCAUGGGCAAUGGCCCAACCCCACCUGCUGUGUGCCCACACCUGCAGGGAGGCACGGGUGGGUGCCAAGGUGCGCUGACCCGGUGCUCCACAGCACCUGUGGUACAUAUGUAAAUACCUGCAUGUGCACAUGUAGGUGUGUGGGCCUUAGCGGAGGCAUGCAUGUAUGUAUUUGGGUGUCAGUUUGCCUACCCAUGUGUAUGCAGGUCUGUGUAUACAUGCACCUACAUAUGUGGCAAUCUAUAUGUGUGCGUCUGUGGAUCUCUGUGCACGCGCACACUUCUAUAUGCAUGGGCAGCUGUAUGCACCUGUGUAUGUCUUAUGGUAUGGGAGAAGUGGGACUGGUCCCCGCGGGUGACCCAGCUGUGCCCUGGGACUUGGUGAGACACCCAGUUGAGCUGCUCACUCCUAUGGGUGCUGCGGGGCCCAGGAGCCAUCCCAGACGUGUCCCGCUCAGUGUGCCAUCCCGCUGUGUGCCUUUCCUGCUGUUUUCCAGCCCAGCGCUCGCCCUAGCCAACGCCGGGAGGGAGAGGUGACCUUUGGGGGAACAGGAUGAGCGAGUGGGAGCGGGUGUUUCUGCAGGAUGUCAUUGUUCUUCCCCACUCCCAGCGGAGACAGGCUCGCCCACAACGCUCCACGGCUUUCCAGUGUGUCCUGAAGCACCUAGAAGGGCCUGUCUUCACCCAGGGAGCUGAGUACCAGCUGCGUCUCUCCCUUUUUGAUACCACCUACCACCACUUCUUCGGGAGGACAUGGAGGAGCAGCUGGCGAGCUGCCCGCACUGCCCCGCCGCGCUCAGCCAGGGUGGCUUUUAAUGAGGAUGUUUACUUCCACACCUCCUUGAACCACCAUGGCAUCACCAUCGUCAUGGAAGUGGUGGUGACAGCCAGGAAAGGGGAUGGGGACUCUCAGCAUCUCUCCUGUGGCUUUGGAGUGAUCCCCCUCUUCAGCAGCGGGUCAGAGGCGACAGACCUGACUGCUGAGGACAGAGUACUGAAGCUGUACCAUGGGACGCCACGUGCCCUGCUGCACCCACACUUCCAGGACCCUGUGGAAAAGAACAAAUACCUGACGGUGAUGGAGAAAAGCCACCUGCAGUACACCCUGAGGCCCCACCAUCCCCUGGAGAUGAUAUUCCACCUCCUGCCUGAAAACCUGAUAUCUGGACUGCAGACUGUUCCCGGCUUGAUGCCGGCGUGCGGAGACACAAGUGACUGCUUGCAGAAACCCCAGCCAAUGAAGCCAGUCACCUACUAUCUGGAGAGGCUGUCUGUCCAGCUGUACCCUUCCUUGGAGGAAUUUGAGGAAGAACUGCUGGACUUACUGAAUAGUGAUCGCUUACUUCAGGCUAACGCUGCACCAGACGGCAACAGGAUGGCAGUUUGGGAGCGACGGCUGCACGUUGGUGUCCACAACGGCCUGCGCUUCGUCCAGGUGCCACAUGUGGCUGUGCUGGUGCCAGAGGCAGAGGUGGCAGAGGGCGGCUGCCCAGAGGCACCCAGCUCUGGAGCCAGGGGCGUGGGUCGAGCCCUGGUGCUGAGGAGCUGCAUCCACCUGAGCGAAAUGGUCCCUCACCCAGCGUUCAAGGUCUGCUUCCAGCUGGAGUACAUCUUCUGCAGCUCGGGGAGAGGUGGUGGGAAGGCCCUGCCCAGCAGCGCCUGUGGUGAGGUGACCGACCUACGCUGGGUGUGCUGGGCCACCUGGAGCCCCGUCCCGGGUGCUGGUGAGACGGAGGUGGUCCUGCCCCUGUGUGGGUGCCACCGCAGCCACUGCCAAACCUUGGUCUGCCGGACCCCACCGAGCAGCAGGAGCUCCAACAAGGGGAAGGACGUGGAGUCUGGGACUAUCCAGUUCCAUUUUUCCACUGAUUCAGAAGAACAUCUUGUAACUACUGCGGAGAUCCGAUGUAAAGACAGGGACGAGUCGGAGAAGCCUCCUACGCCAUCGCUGAGUGUGCCGGCCCCACAACGAAUGGCAACCUCCCCACGGGGACCAGGGCUGUCAGUGUCCCAGCUGUCGGCCCCACCGCGGGGCAGGGUCCAGCCCCCGGCACUGCCGCUCAGCCCUGGCUUUUGGCAUGAGGCGGGGAUCGUUCACCUGGAGGCUGACCUCAGCUCGCCGGACCCAGAGCCUGGUGCCAGCGACCAGCUGCGGGCAUUGCCCUUCACCCCGCUGCAGGUGCCCAUCACUGCUGUGGGGCUGCAGGCAAGCAGUUCCUGCACGCCCCUCUCCCGUGCCUUCCUGGCGUGCCUGCAUGCUGCCGGCUUCCCGGAGAUCCUGGACUGCAACCAGGAGCCAGUGGAAAUCUCAGAGCCGGUAGACCUGGCGGGUUUCAGCCCGCAGUUGGAGGAAGCUGACCCUCUGCAAGGCAAUGAAAUAAUUCUACAGUUCUUGGCUUUUGGCAGGGAUGCCCGGGAUGGCAUGGAGGGGACGUGGCCGAGGACCAUCUUCCUCACCUUCCAGUUCUACCGCUUCCCACCGGUCACCACUCCUCGGCUGCAGCUGGUCAGCAUGGACGGGGGGUUGGCGACCAGGCUGGCUGUGCCAGUGCAGCUUCUUGUCCAGGUGAACAAGGAUGGGGCCCACAGCAGCGGACUGCCAGGCUUGCAGCUGAAGUACAUGGUGGAUCCCAUGUUCCUGCGACCUGGGGAGCAGCGCUGGUUUGUGCGGUACCUGGCCGAGCACAGCCUCCAGAUUGACGUCUGGGAUGGAGACUCCCUGCUCCUUGUUGGGUCUGCUGCUGUCAGACUGCAGUCCCUGCUGCGCCAGGGCCGGGCAGCCAUCAGGACCCACCAUGAGCUGGAGGUGGCCAUGACCGAGUAUGAGCCAGAUGGGACAGUGAUGGGCUGGGAAGCACUGCGGCAUGGUGCCCUGCGACCCCUCGGCAUCCGCGUGGCCGUGAGGGGCCACCUCCACCUCUUCCUGGCCAAUGUUGGCCACCCGUGCGAGGAGACCCCAGGGCAGCCGCUGUCCCUGCUGCCAUCCUGCUCCCACACUGUGCCCACACCGGACAGUGCUGGCAGCAUCCCAGCCAGCAGCUUUUUCUCUCUGAACGCCGCUGGUGGCAGGCGGGUGUCGCGGGCACGGAGGCUGGUGGAGGUGGACAGCGAACUGGCAGCUGCGCUGCAUAGCCACCAGACAGAGGGGAGGCUGACCCCCCCGGAUGCCCCUGGUGAGGCUGAGGCUGCCAACUGGUGCAAGCUGCGGCGCAUGGCACUAGUGCGGCAGCAGGAGGAAGCCAGUGGUGGGAGGAUGCCCCAGCUGUCGGGCUGGCAGGAGCGGUGUGCCAGGCACGCACGGGACCUGCAGAUCACCAACACCUACCGGGAGCACAUCAAGGGCGAGAACAUCUGCCAGAUGCUCAGCCAGGCCAUCACCUCCACCCACACUGUGCAUGCUGUGCUGGGGAUGGCUGAGUUCUUCGAGUUCACUCUGAAGAACCCCUACAGCAUCCAGCAGACUGUGACCAUUGAAGUGGACCACUCUGAGCUCAGUGUCAUACUGGACCCGAGGGAGUGGCGCCACUUCAAGGAGCUGACCAAGAGCGUGACACCGGUGGAAGAGGCGAUGUUCCACCUCCGUGACAACCUCAGGCCUCAGGUCUACCUGCGCCCCAACGAGACUGUCCGCAUCCCCUUCAAAUACCAGACCUUCUCUGCGGACCCUGCUGUUGUCGCAGUGCAGGGGCCGGCAGGGCUUGGCACCGGUGCAGACGUGACCGCCUGCUCCCUGGGGAUGAGCAGGGCCGGGCGGACGAAGUACAUCCAGGUCUCCUUCCAGGUGAGCGAGGGGAAGCCCAUCGCACUGCUGCGGGUGAAGGUGGAGCCGCAGCCCCAUGUGGUGGACCAGACCUUUCGCUUCUACCACCCGGAGCUCACUUUCCUGAAGAAGACCAUUCGGCUGCCCCCCUGGCACACCCUCCCUGGCGCGCCGGUGGGCAUGCUGGGGGGGCAGCCUGAGAUGUUUGUUCGCUGCAGCGACCCUGACAUCAUUUGCGAAACCAAAAAUAUGGGGCCUGGGGAGCCGCAGGACAUGUUCCUAAAAGUAGCUGGAGGACCAAGCCCGCAGAUUAAGAAGUUCUUUGUUGCUAUUUACAUGGACACGUGGCUGGCAGCGCCCAUCCAGAUCUGGCAGUUCUACCUGCACUCACUGCAGCGCCUGGACGUCAGCUGCACCGUCGGGCAGCUCACCCGCCUCUCCCUGCUGCUGCGGGGCACCCUGGCCACGCGGAGGGUGCAGGCCUUCACCUCCCACCCCCAGGAGCUGGAGCUGGAUCCAGAUGGUGCCUUCGCUCUCCUUGCCAACGGCAUCCAGGACCUGUACAUCGGCGUGAGGCCUCGGCGGGCUGGCAACAGGUUCAUCUACCUCAAUCUGGUGGAUGUGGAGUCCCACCAGCUGCUGUCAUCCUGGCUGCUCUGCCUGUCCUGCAGGCAGCCCCUCAUCUCCAAGGCGUUCGAGAUCUCGCUCCCCGUGGGAGGCGGGAGAGGCUGCAACAAGUGCAUCACCUACACCAACCCCUACCCCUCGCCCCGACUCUACUUCUUGUACACCAACAGACCUGACCUCCUGCAGUUCAAGGAGGACUCCUUUGAGGUUGCCGGCGGGGAGGUGUACACCAUUGGCUUGCGCUUCGCCCCUAGCCAGAGCACAGGUGAGGAGGAGAUCCUGAUUCACAUCAAUGAUCGUGAGGACAAGAAUGAGGAGACCUUCUGUGUGAAGGUCCUCUACCGGUGAGGCUACCCGCCUACUGCAGCAAAGCAGCUGGCCUCUGUGCCGGCCACCGCUACGCCCCAGGUAGUGCUGCCUCGGAGAUGCCCAUGUCUCUCUGACAGGGCAUUGUGACCCUGGUCCCCUCGUAGUCACCAAGCCGGGAGGUCUCACUGUCUGCUGGGGUCCUGGGCCAUUGCCAUGUGCGCGGGCGCUGCCACACGGCUCCAUCAGCACAAACUGGGGAGAGCAGACGUAUUUGUUACCACACGUUGUGGCUGCAGGUUGUCCUUAUUUUUGUUAAGCAUUACUGUAUUUUAGGCUUGUUGGCAUCUUCAAAAGUCUGCAGAUCUGAUUCUGCAGAAUAUUGUUGAAGUAUUUUAUGUUAUACAUUGAGUUUUGUACACACCGCAGCAGUUUUCUGGUUUUUUUGAUACUUUUUGCUCAUCCUUAUAAAGUUAAACUUGCUGCGCAGAACUGGCAGAGUGAGGCAGCGGUUUUGUCUGUGGGAGGUGGAAACACUCUGCGUCCCCAUCCUGUGCAGACGAGUGCUGGGCUCACCCUUCCCACCGUUGUGCUGCUGUCAGUCCUGUGGUGGGGAGCACUGGGGGUCCCCUGUGUCCUCUCCCAGUUCCAUGGAGCAUCUGGGUGUCCAGGCAGGGAAGGCGGAGGGGAAUGAUGGGAAAAUAAGGUGCGGGCUGAUGCCCCGGGGGGUGAGGGUUGACAGCCCCAUCCCCAUGUGUUGUGAUCUUGCGUGUUGGGUGCUAAAAGGCUCCCCCCAUUCCUCACCAGUUCACAGCACAUCUAUAGCUGUUCGCUCACGCUGUGAUGUAUUAAGAUCACUGUGUGGAGGGGAAAAACCCAGAGAGGUGAGAAAAAAGGGAGCUGAGGCAGGCAAAGGGGGGUGUCAGCCGUGGGGGUGGCUGGGGGAUCCCUGCCCCUCGCUGUGCCCCUCUGCUGCUGUGGCUGAGCGGUGAGCAGAGCCCCGGUGGGCAGCCCACUGCUCCCAGGGGACUUGUGCCCCCUCUUUGUGGGUCUGAAGCUGGAGAAUUAGUAGCCCCACUGAAGUAGCGUGCCGAGUUCCUCUGCCUCCCAAGGCCUGAUUGGAAAUGACAGCUAAUAUUUUAAAAAUGAUUAUGCUGUCUGCAGCACAGAGAGGCCCCUAAGUUGGGUUAUUAAAGUAGAUUAGCUGAAUAAUUUUCAUUAUGUUUUCACACAACGAUAUUUCUUGAGGCUUAUGAAUGAGCUGGUGCUGUACCCUCCGCCGCGACAGAUGAGACGGCUUGAGUGCCAGGCGUUCACAGCCGCCAGUGAGCGAUGUGCCGGCGGGCAGGGAAUGCUGUCAGGGGGACUCGAGCUGAGCCGGCAGCUCGGCAGCCACGCUGCCAUGAAACGUGACCGGCCGCUGCAGCCCGUGGCUCUUGCUCACCAAAAUAUGUACGGUGCGGUGGGCAGCAGCCGUGCAGGCAGCGUGCUGCCUGCUCCCCCAAAGCUGUGCCAUGGCUUUGACCCAAAAUCUGCAGAACUGAUGAGACUGUUAAGGAAAGCUGAAAAAGAUUUUCUCAUUAGGAAACAGAGAUGUCUUGUGUCCCGGUGCCUUCGAGAGGGACCCGGACACCUGUGGCUGCUCCUCCUUUGUGGUGCUGCAAGCCCCUGACAGCACUGGUUUAGGAAACGUGUGUGAGAAUUUGUCACUUCUGAGUGGUGUAAGGGUAUGUGGGAAAAGCUCCCGCAGAGCUGUGAUGAAGCGGGUCUGAGCUGUCUGCCGGCCAGCCUAGAUAAGUGCUAGUGGCUUUGUUGCAGAUGAUGGAGGUGUAAUGAGGUGGCUGGAUUAUUUACACAGGCGCCUAUAUUUAGCUGCAGACUGUAAGUGGAGUGCAAGAAAGCAGGAGCCAGUUGGGGCGAGGCAGCGGCACAGCCUGGGCUUUUCCCUUCUCCCCUGUAUGUCCAGGGAGGGAGCGCAGGUGAGAGCCACGCUACCUCCUCCAGCCCGGAAUACCUUUCCUACAGCACGGACAGUCCCGUAAAUCUUUGUAGGGCAUUCAUAUGCCCUGCUGGUGCCUAUUAAAUUGUUUUCACUAUAUUAGCUUUAAUUAAA